CCUUUUUCCAAUUCAACCUCUUCACCACUUCAAUCACUCCCCACUAUUUACAAAAGAAAAAAAAAAAAAACUUUCCCCCAAGAAAAUCCGAACCCCUUCACUGAUAAAUCCAGGAAAAAUCUCUCGUUUUCCCUUGAAAACAAGGGAAACUCCACACACCCAUGUGAAAUUUUUCACUGGAUUCUUCUCCUGUUCAUCGAGGGGUCUCAUUUCUUUAGAUUUCUGAAAAUGGGUCUUGAACAUUUCCGUCUCAAACUCAAGGCGCUUAGAUUGGGAAGGUUUCUGACGAGGAAUAGAAGGAGUAAAAGACGGCCGGCGGCGGCGGUGUGUAAUCGGACGUGGAUGGCGCCGGUGAACCAUGGGUAUCAUAUGGUGGCCGAUCUGUCGUAUUCGAGGAAUUGGGAAGAGGAAUCGGAGCACGACUCUGUUGUGGUGCAGAGAGAGCAGAUGGAUGGGAUUGAAUUAUGGUUUUUUGGGGUUUUUGAUACUCAAAUUGGCGACGAAGUCAUCAAGUUCAUGCAAACCCAUUUCUUUGAUAAGAACUUCAAACAGUCUCAAGUAAAGAGGAAGGGAAGAGAAGCAAUGAAGAAAGCACAUGUGAGUGUAAGAAGUAAGGUGAAAGAAGCAAAGGAAGGGAAGGAGGCAUGGAAAAUGGGAUCAUCUUCAGCAUUGGUCAUGGAUGGAGAUAGAUUGGUGAUUGCUACCAUGGGGGACUACAGAGCCAUUGUAUGUGAAAAUGGUCUGGCUCGUCAAAUAAGCUGUGAUCAAGAUCCAACUAAGCAACGUUGGCACCGUAGAUUAAUGCUCGGAAUGAAACCUUGGAGAAGCUCCGAACUUGUGGUUGCAGCUAAAAGAAUCAACUCGGAAACGGAAUUCGUGAUAUUGGGAAGCAAUGGCAUAUGGGAGGUAAUGAAGAACCAGGAGGCUGUGAAUCUGAUAAGACACAUAGAAGACCCACAAGAAGCAGCAGAGUGUUUGGCGAAGGAGGCCUUCACCAGAAUGAGCAAAACCAGCAUUUCUUGUUUGGUCAUUCGUUUCGACUAAAUUUAGUCUUUCCUUUUUCUUUCUCUUCUUAUCUAUUUGCUCCCUAAUCUGUUUACACUUUGGGUCAUAAUUGCUAUGCUGUAAAUAUGAGCCAUACCAUUUGGUUUUUCCUGUAAUAAAUUUUGGACAUCUUAUUCCUUAAAUUUUCCUUCACAUAUAUAUUCUUUUAAUCCCGUUUCUAAAUUUAUUGUUAAAAGUUAGGCUUGUUCAAUAAGUCAAGAAAGGCUGUAUCAUAUAAUUUAUAAUUAUCUACUUUCUCUUCCAUCUGUUUCAAAAGUUAACCUUAUCGGUCAGAGUCAACUCUACUUAGGAAAGGAGAUCUCACUAGUUGGGUAUGUUAACGUAAUCUCACCCAUAAUCAAGUUAGUCAAUCUAAACAAAUGAUUUACAAAUAAUGAAAUGAUGUAUAUAUGCAUGAAAUAAAAGAAUAAAAUGCAAUUCAAUUGGUUAAAAUAUAUAUUCUCGAUCAAGAUAUUUGGUUACCAAAGAAAUAUAUGCAAAGGUACCCGUUAAACAUAGAGCUAUUCUAUAAAAUCUACUUUAGAACGGAUAUUCUCAUGUAUGGAAUCCACUCUAAGAGGAUGUAUCUUAGGGCAGCAGUGAGGAUAAUCCACUCUAACAAGUGGAGGAUUAGUAACAGCUAGUAACUAUGAUGAUGAAUUGAUGAUUGAUUAUCGUAUUCAUGACAGAAGUACCUAUUUCAGACUUGAUGCCCGUCCCUUGGCUCGGAGUUCGAACGAGCACAUUUGAGAAUGACAUCGCCUCCUGUCUCUAUUCUCCUACAAUCAUUUA